AUGUCGUCCGCCCCAACAGCCAAACUCCAACCAACCUCCACAAACGAGCCUGACCCAGCACAGACCUCCAAACCCACAACCAACACAAACCCUGCGACGCUAGAAGAAGACGACGAGUUUGAGGAUUUCCCCGUUGAAGGUACGCCUCCCCUCCCCGCUUUCACACUCCACUGGGAUGCCCCAAACCACUGCCGCCAGCUCGCUACGCUCGCUGACAUGAUUAUCACAGACUGGGCACAAGAAGAUACCGAGAACCCCACUUCCACAACAGGCGGCAACACACAUCUAUGGAGGAGAGCUGGGACGACGAUGACGGGAACGACGAGGAAGGAUUUGGGAAGCUUUUACGGGAGGAGCUGA